GAAAACGUCAAAAUUGCGGUCCGUUUUUGUAUGCUGUCAUUCGACAAAGGUACACGAUAUUCCGCGAAUCCGGUCGGGCUUACAAGUUGACUACCAAGUGUCUGUUUUUGCUACCCGUCUCCGCCUUGGUGUGUGCUGCUCCUUCACUUACCUCCAUUCUCCAUCGGUCUUGGAAACGCCGGGUCAAAGGAAAAAGUGACCAUUUGCUCUACUGCUAGAUAAAUUCCCACCUGGAGGUCCUUUUCCCCCUUUCCCUGGUGUGUACACAUCUGGUGUGCGUGUGUGUGAACGCGUUCCUUUGUCGCAGUGUCCUUCGCGAAGGUACGUGUGGCCCACGGUCUAUGCGCGCCUGUGCGUGUUUGUGUGCCACGCUACGGCACCGUAAAGGGUUGCCGGGAUUCGGAAACGGAAAGUGCAUCCGGAUACACGGGAUCAGCUGUGCGCCCUCAAGCAACUGUAUUUGCUCCUGUUUCGCCACUCAAACAUAGCUCGCCUAGCAGCAACAGCAGCAGCAGCAGCGACAGGAAUCCAUCCCCAACAACAAAGAAACCAGUUUCACUUCAGCAAACACCUAUAACUACAGCAAUCAACCACCCGGAGCAGAACGGAUCACUAAACGGACGAAUCACCAGAGACCAUGUACUAUCCAAUAUCGGAGCUACCCUCCCCGCAAACGUUCCCGACCAGCGGUGGGAUGGCGUCGGGCGAAGGUCAUGUUAAAAAAUACUACCGUAAAGCCGAGCACAGAAUCUUCGUCAAUCGCUCGAUGCACCUGGAGAACAUCAAGUUCUAUGGGUUCGAUAUGGACUACACGAUUGCGGAGUACAAGUCACCGCAGUACGAACAGCUCGGGUUCGAUCUGGUGAAGGAGCGACUGGUCAACCUUGGCUAUCCGGCGGAGAUCCGCCAGUUCGAGUACGACCCUUCGUUCCCGGUACGUGGACUCUGGUUCGACUCGCUGUACGGCAACCUGCUCAAGGUGGACGCGUACGGCAACAUACUCGUCUGCGUCCAUGGUUUCGAGUUCCUCAAGCACCACCAGGUGUACGAGCUGUAUCCGAAUAAGUUCCUGCAGCUGGACGAAAGCCGCGUGUACGUGCUGAACACGCUGUUCAACCUGCCCGAGACGUACCUGCUCGCGUGUCUGGUGGACUUCUUCACACAUUCGCCCCAGUACGCGGAACAGGUCGACCGGACCGGUGUCAAGUACGGUGAGCUGUUCAUGUCGUUCAAGUCAAUCUUCCAGGAUGUGCGCGGUGCCGUCGACUGGGUGCAUAUCUACGGUGAUCUGAAAAAGAAAACGCUUGAGAACCUCGACGAGUACGUGAAGAAAGACGAGCGUCUGCCGAUGGUGCUGUCCCGCAUCCGAGAGUCGGGCGCAAAGCUCUUCCUGCUAACGAACAGUGAUUACACCUUCACCGAUCGCAUCAUGACGUUCCUGUUCGACUUUCCGCACGGUGGUAAGCCGGACGAGCCGCACCGGGAUUGGAAAACGUACUUCGACACGAUUGUGGUGGAUGCGCGUAAGCCGCUGUUCUUCGGGGAGGGCACCAUACUGCGUCAGGUGGACACCAGUACGGGAGCGCUCAAGGUGGGCACGCAUAUGGGUCCAUUGCAGGCGAACCAGGUGUACUCGGGCGGUUCGUGUGACGUGUUUACCAAGCUGAUCGGCGCCAAGGGUAAGGAUGUGCUGUACAUCGGCGAUCAUAUCUUCGGCGACAUUCUGAAGAGCAAAAAGAUUCGCGGCUGGCGCACGUUCCUGAUCGUGCCGGAGCUGGUGCAGGAGCUGCACGUGUGGACGGACAAGUGUCAGCUGUUCGCUCAGCUGCAGCAGCUCGACGUGCGGCUCGGCGAUCUGUACAAAAAUUUGGACUCGAGCGCGAAGGAAAAACCGGACAUCCGGUCGGUUCGCACCGCGAUACGGGACGUGACGCACAAGAUGGACCUGGCGUACGGUAUGAUGGGUUCGUUGUUCCGGUCCGGCUCCCGGCAGACGUUCUUUGCCGGGCAGGUCGUACGGUACGCGGACCUGUACGCCGCCACCAUCCUAAACCUGAUGUACUACCCGUUCUCGUACAUGUUUCGGGCGCCUGCCAUGCUGCUGCCGCACGAGUCAACCGUCGCGCACGAGCAGCGGUUCACGCUGGACGCACCGAUGAUUCAGCGUACCCGUCCGCCCCGUAGCGAGCCGGUGGUGCCGCCCGCACCGCACGAGCUGGACGAGGAUGACGAGCACGAGGGUGAGGGGCGCGAUCCGCCCGGCGAUGAUUCCAAAGAAAUUGGACGGCUGCUUCUCGGUACGCCACAACCAUCGUCACUUCCGUCCGCAACCGGAUCGGAGCUGAGCGUAUCGGUACCGCACACCCGGCCCGAAACGCCUCGCUCCGUGACGCACACGCACGAUGAGGACUACUCGGACGAGGACAGUGACGACCAGAAACGCACCAAAGUCGGUGACGGCCCUAACUCGGGUGAUGCGUCCUCCUCCACCCAACCAUAAUCCCCCCCCCCCUCCCGCCCCCGUCCUUUACACAGCGCUUCCCUUCCUUCCCAGGUUCCUUUCGGGGUUAGUUUUUUAUUUAAUAUGUCCGGUAAUCCAUAACUCCAGAUAUUGAGUGCCCUUACGGCAAACAACUGUCCACAGCACAAAACACCUUCAAACUAGUGAAUUCUACACGAAGCCUCGUAAUCGUCAGUUAUUUUUUUCGGAAAAAGAUUGUCAAUCGGACGAUGCUGCUAGAAUAAGCUUGCGGUUUACGAGGAACACUAUCUCUACUGUUACACCGAAUGUUACACAGAACCACCCGAACCCUUGGGAAAAUAAUUUGGGGCAUUCUGGGGCUGUACGGUCUGUAGCUCGUUCGCUAUAGCUGCAUGCACUUCCGGGCUGAGUGAAUUAAAGUUCAACUCUUACAGAACCGUGACAGAACGGUUUUAAUUUAGUAGCUUCGUUAAACUAACCAGCAGCCAGAGACGUGGCAGAGCGGAUGAUGCUGGGCCUUGUUGCGGUGUUUGUUAUUAAGAUGUAGCUGUUAAAUCCACGUACGUUACAGGGAGCUUAAGUAACAAAAGUUUAUCUACUACUGCUACUACUAGGCAAAGGACGUCAAGUCGAAGAGGUGUGCGCGUUCGUACAAAAAAAAAUAAUUAUUCUCCCAUAAGGAAUUAGUAAUAGGACACCCAAAAAUAGCACACAUACACAUGCGCACGCAAAAACACACACACCUUUAUGACAAGCAGGCAACGAAUCUCUUAAAACAAAAAAACUAAUGCUGGAUAUACAUGGAUUUUUGAGCAGAUGGAUAUACGAUCAACAAAUUACUUUCCCCUGAAAACCCUUUCGACGUGUGUGUAUUCGGGUGUACGUGUGUAUGUAGACAUGUGCUUUAGAGAGUGAGUCUUUUUUUUUCUUUGUUGUUCGCUUUUAAAAUCCAGUCUCAGUCCACACAAGCAAUACCAGGUACACCACAUCAUCGAUCGAUCAUUUGCGAACGAUGUUUAACGCUCAAUUCGAUUCUACUCAGUUCGUGUGUUUGUCCGGUUGGUGUGCAGCAACAGCAGCCUUCCACACACACACACACACACGCAUAUCUCUUGGCAGGGCCGCUUUGCCUGAGAUAUAGUUUAGUUUGCAUUCCCGACAUUACCGGGUUCUUUCUCUCCUUCCGAUGAGAGAGACUUAAGCAAAAGCAAAAAUAAUGUGUUAGCUAAUGUAAACAACAAAGAGAAUGUAAUAAAAUUCGUUGAACCAUA